AUGCGCAUCCGGUGCCCGUGCCGUGGCGUCGCAAUGUCUACAGCACCGUCAGCGGAAUUUAUCUCCGCGACCGCUCCUGCGCCUUCAGCGCAGGCGUGGAUUUUUGCACUUGAGAUGCCGCCAAAUGCGAGUGACAAUCUCUUACCACAAGAAGCGAUUAGAACAGAAAAGACUGUAGAAGAUAUUGAAGAAGCUGAAGAGCCCAUUGAAUGUGACAGUGCAGAACUGAGAUAUGGAGCAGGAGAUGCAGUGUUUGCCGCAUUAAUAGUAACUCCGCAAGUGGUCAGUGUCUGGCGGGGGACAUGGGGGCUAAUGGAACUACAAGCAAAUUUGUUUCCGAACGCUCAAAUAUUUGUGCUGGGUAUUACGAUACACGUUUGUUUUGCGUUAGUCAGAUCAUAUUUACUAUCACGAUCAAAAAACGCAUGGGGUGAAGAAGCGCGGGCGGGGAGAUGGGUGCGAGAGCGGAUCCUCUGUAGGAUUUAUUCUUACAUCUUUAUCUUAUCUAACAUCAUGCAUUGGAGGGGAGGAUGGGGAUUAUUGGAUAGUCUUAUUCUAUUAAUUGUACCAAGCGGUGAUAAUUAUUACAGGGGGCUAUUCUAUGCAGUUUUCACGAGUUUAUUCUACAUAGCCAUGGUAUCUUUUAGAUCAUCCCGUACAUUGUUGGCGCCACCGUACUUUGUCGUCACUGAUGGAAAGGAAUUCACAUAUGUCUUCUCUACAAGAUUUCAAAACAAACUCGGCGCACUCGCAUCAGCCAUGCGUGGAAGUACCGCCGGCCUGACCGACACUCUCGCGAGUGGUUCAAACCCCGCGCUUUUAGAAUUCGCAGAUGUAGUUUUUGCUAGUGCUGUUGUAGCACCUGCUGUGGUGACCUACUGGAAGUCGACAUGGUCUCUCAUGGACCUGUACGUGCUAAGCGACCCCGUGUCGAGCGCCGCCGCCUGCGCAGCAUUCGGGUUGUGCUGCGACUUGGUGUUUUGCGUCUUUCAGACACAAUUGAGCAAGUACUUAAGACCGGAUAGAGGGAGGGUGGUUUAUUAUAUCUUAUCUCGGUUUUACACCUGUGUCGCCGGGGUGGCUUGUGUGGGGGCUUGGCGCGGGGUAUGGAAUCUUUUGAAUGAGUGUACGGGAGAUAGUGCGAGGACGCUUAUGUCGACGACGGUGGCGGCCACGCUGUCGCUCGCUGCACUUAGGACCUUGAGGAACAUAUGCGCAGCCCCCUUCGCCGUGGCUGUGGACUCGCCACAGGACUACUUUAACGUUCCUACUAUGUUUCGAACGAGUUCGAGAGAGACGGCACUGUACAUCCUGGACUGUGUGUUCUCAGUGACGGUGGUGGGCUCCUUAGUAGUGUUCGUGUGGCGCGGCUCUUGGGCUCUGCUGGAUAUCUUUCUAUAUCCCGAUGACCUGGUCAAGUCGUGCUGGACGUCUCUGGUCGUGGGAUACGUAUUAGUGGUGGUAACAUUCGGAGCCCAAGCGCCUAUGAGGUGGGCGGUCGCCAAGCUGCAGGGAGCGCCGCGUCUGCUGGUGGCCGACGUGUACCACCUGGUGUCUUUCAUCGCGACUGUCAAUGUAUGGAGAGGCAUUUGGGGCUUAUUGGACAUAUACUUUUUCCCUGAUUCACCAAAGUUAAGCAACUGGUGUUCACAUCUCGUCAGCUUAGCUCUACUAAUAGUGCUUAACUGUUCGAACUCAAUCCUAGUGAGAGGCGUCUACAUAGACGCGGAGGAGCCUGCAGGGGACUGCGUGGUAUUCCCCUGCCACUAUCUAAGAUUAUUCUUCCAUAAAGAAAGAAUUAAGAAAAGGCACAAACGCGCCAACGCUCCGGUUAAAACAGCAGAAGAAGCAAGCGUACCUUUACAAAUACCUGAAGAAAAGGUU